GGAGUGACACAACAGAACUCGCGGUGUGCAGUGAGUGCAGUUUCAGCCAGUUCAGCGGUUGCAGCACGGUGCCGAGCAGCCGUCGGUAGGGAUGAAUUUAAACGUUUUGGAAACAUUGCAUAGAUUGUCAGUCACGAACGGCGAUUGAGACCGAUUUUAAACGCGGCGACUGAAGGACGACGCGAUGACUUUGGCUUCGCUGACUCCGCGUAAACUGUCGCUGUUGAACCAGCCGGUACGAUGGUGUCUACGGAGACAUUUCGAGCGCCGUGGCGUCUCGUCCCUGAAGGUUUCGAUCGUCGGCGCCGGUCCCGCCGGGUUCUACACGGCACAGCAAGUUCUCAAACACCCCGGUGCCACAGUGGACAUCUACGAAGGGCUGCCCGUUCCCUUUGGACUGGUCCGGUUUGGUGUCGCUCCGGACCACCCUGAAGUCAAGAAUGUCGUCCACACGUUUACGAACAUCGCCAAGAAUCCGCGUUGCCACUUUUACGGCAACGUGAGGCUGGGACUUGACGUGUCGCUCGCUGACCUCAGGAAGGCCUACCAUGCUGUUGUGCUGACGUACGGCGCUGACCAAGAAAAGAACUUGGGCAUUCCGGGUGAGGACCUCCCCAACGUCCUGAGUGCCCGCAAGUUUGUCGGCUGGUACAACGGCCACCCCGCCGACGCCGGCGUGAACCCGGACCUGUCCGGCAACACGGCGGUCGUCAUUGGGCAUGGCAACGUGGCACUGGACGUGGCACGCAUCUUACUGUCGUCGCCCGAGAGGCUGCAGAUGACGGACAUUGCAGAGCCGGCAUUGGCGGCGCUGCGCCGCAGCAACGUCCGGCGAGUGAUUUUGGUCGGCAGGAGAGGCCCCCUGGAGGUGUCCUUCACCAUCAAGGAACUACGUGAGAUGACCAAGCUGCCUGGCGUGGGCACGGUCUUGCGGGCUGAGGACUUUGCGGUCGUGCGGGACAAGCUUGCCGACCUGCCGCGGCCUCGCAAGCGUCUGCUGGAGCUGCUGUUGCAGACGGCGGAGAAGCAGCAUGCCGAUCACCACAAUCGGGCCUGGGAGCUCCGGUUCCUGCGCAGUCCGGCCAGGUUCGUCGGCGGCUCAGAAGGCGGUCGCAUCUCGGCCGUCGAGUUCUCCGUCAACAGGUUAGAGGGCGAGGGCUCUCGACUGAAGGCUGUACCUACCGGGGACACCGAGACACUGGAGUGCCAAUUGGCGCUGAGGAGCAUCGGCUACAGCACCGAGAUGGUGGACCCGGACAUUCCCUUCGACGCCGCUAGAGGCAUCAUCCCCAACACGGAAGGACGGGUCGAGUCGCUUCCCGGCGUGUACUGCAGCGGCUGGGUCAAGACCGGGCCCGUUGGGGUGCUGGUUGCCACCAUGAACAGCAGCUUCGAGACGGGCCAGGCGCUGGUCAAGGAUGCCGAGUCGGGGCUCCUGCCGACCUCCGACGACCGGGGCGGUUCUGCCACCAUCCUGCAGCUUCUCGAGUCCAACGACGUGACGCCCGUGACGUUCGACCAGUGGCUCAAGAUUGACGAGUGGGAGCGGACGGAAGGCAGCCGAAGAGGCAAGCCCAGUGAGAAGCUGCUUUCGAUUGAGCAGAUGCUUAAGAUUGCGCGCUCCUGAUUUGGGUCUUUCUCCUCCUCUACACUCUCUCUCUCUCUCCUUCUCCUAACCUCCCUCCCUCUAUCUCAAGAAACGCCCAGCACAGAUUAGAUCGGUUCUUGGUCGUCGAGCCGCGGCCCGCCGAUACGACGUCGCUAUGCUACCGAGGUACUGGACGUGCGGGUAGGCUUAGCAUGGCAAUAAAAGCUGGCUGGGUUUGUCUGUACGGUUUAUUACCGAGGCUACACUUUGUUUCACUCGAGGAAGCUAACCAACCUGCCGCGACCAUCACUUUGCCGGCACUUAGAAAAUAUGAAUGCAACGGUUCGUUUCGAAGCGAAGAUCAAACCUUCGCUGCUGUACACCGUGAAGGGAAACAGAGUAUGGCAUUGUGACUUCACUGCGCGGGUUGUUUCGUAGAAAAGUGUGCCCAAAUGAUGUCAUUUGUUGCAUUUUAUUUCUUUUUUUUUAAGUGCAUUGGGAAUUUUGGAGGACUCUGACAUAGAUUUCUUUUAUAGUUGUAUUCGAGUGCACUUAGUGCUUUUGGGGUUUUCGUGCCUUGACAUCGUUCUAGAAUGUAUAUGUACAUAUAACCGUCCUUUUCCAUGUGCACUAGAUAUUUCUAUCUUGCAGCUUUUUCGCCAAUAUAGUACAUAGUGUGAACUAUGUUGCGGCUCGGGUAGAAUGGUGCGAUUGUGAGUGCUCUGUACUAAAAGAGGAGCUUCUUGACCAGCCAUUUUCUGGGUUGAUAAAAAAAAAAAAUUGGCAGCAUGCAUGAAAAGUGGCACAUUGGUAGCGUGAAUUUUCGGUAACAUAAAUUUUGACAGCACGAUACUCUAUAUUUUGCCAUUAGUGUACCAUCGCAACCUCAUUUAUGUUUGGUACUUUGUAACACACUAGGUGUGUUAAGUUGGAAGAAAUGAGCAAUUAUUUUCUUAUGUUGGAUGUUUCUAAUAAACAUCUCGGUCAACAAGUUGUGAUGUUUAGUUGGGUACUGUGGUGGCAGUAUAUAUUACUCCCGAGUCAGUUUGUUUUGUGAAAACGAAUAGUUUCUCUGUACAGUGUUAGCCAAUAAAUUGUUGUGUUUUUCGGGGUUUCCCCAA